UUAAACACAUCCCGUGUCAAACAUAUUACCUAAAAUUAUGAAAUCUGUCCAGAUGAUAUAAGUCUGUGGUGAAAUUCAAAACUGACAGAAACCUUUUUCUAAUGGCAAAAUCGGAUUAGUGCGAAACGAGACAACAACAAAUUAAAUAAGCAAACCAAAACGCAACAGUAAAGUGUCCACUCAACGCCUCCCCGGAAAACACAGUUGGCGGUUAGGUCGCAACGAAACGAACUGCAAAUCCGAGUUUCACCCACGCCCUUAUAUUAACAAACAGGACAAACGUAAAAAAAUAAACAUGAAAACUUUAUUACUUUAUGGCGUUGCUAAUGCCGCCAUGGCUGUGGCUACUUUAACACACAGCGCAGUGGCAAGCCUCAGCUUUAGUUCCACCGCAAUACAAAAUAAAGUCCCAACACACACACAAACAACGUUUCCAAUGCUUUCAGUCGCCUCAAUCCCUCCUAAUGAAGCAUUGUCACUAAGGGAAUUGGCAAUACCGACAACAGCAGCUACCGCAGCGACGGCAGUCACAAGCUUCAGUGCCGGAAACAGCAGCAGGAUAGUGGAUGACGGAGGCGGCGAUGGCGGCGGAUUCGCUGCUUUCAUAGACAAUUUCGUGCACACCAUGAGCACAACAACCAGUCUUGCCGACUACAGCAACCACAGCGCAGCCGACAAUAGCACAGCUAUGGACGUGAAUGGAAUGGCGGCCACCGAAAUUCCGUUUGUGCCUUACGUAAUGCGGCCGGAAACGUACAUUGUACCGGUAUUAUUUGCGCUCAUCUUCAUAGUGGGCGUACUGGGCAACGGUACGCUGAUUGUGGUCUUCCUGGGCGUGCGGCAGAUGCGAAAUGUGCCGAAUACAUACAUUCUGUCCUUGGCGAUUGCUGACCUGCUGGUCAUCCUCACCACAGUGCCACUAACCUCAACAGUCUACACCGUAGAUUCGUGGCCUUGGGGCAGCUUCCUAUGCACGUUAUCUGAAUUUUUUAAAGAUGUAUCGAUUGGCGUUUCCGUUUUUACACUUACAGCACUCUCAGGUGAUCGGUACUUUGCCAUAGUGGACCCACUAAGGAAAUUCCAUGCGCACGGAGGUGGCAAACGUGCAACUCGCAUGACCAUCGCCAUUGCCGUGUCCAUUUGGCUUUUGGCUAUACUCUGUGCUGUACCUGCGCUAAUAGGCACCAAUGUAAAGCGCAUCGAAAUCAAUAGCAACAAAUCGUUCGCCGUGUGUUACCCCUAUCCGCAGGAGUGGGGUGUGAGGUAUGCCAAAGCAAUGGUGAUGAUGCGCUUUCUGAUCUACUAUGCCAUACCUUUGUUCAUAAUCGGCGCUUUUUACGUACUAAUAGCGCGGCAUUUGAUGUACGCAGCAAGUGUGCCUGGCGAGAUGCAGGGAGCGAUGCGACAGGUGCGCGCCCGACGAAAAGUGGCAUGGACGGUGUUGGCAUUUGUUGUUAUAUUCGGAAUAUGCUUUAUGCCCUAUCACUUCUUCAUGCUCUGGUUCUACUAUUGGCCCACCGCACAGGAUGACUACAACUCCUUCUGGCACGUUUUGCGCAUCGUCGGCUUCUGCUUAUCCUUUGCCAACAGCUGCGCUAAUCCGGUGGCAUUAUAUUUUGUUAGUGGCGCCUUCCGCAAGCAUUUCAAUAGAUACUUGUUUUGUCAAGGGUCUGGCGUGCGACACAAAAAACGACACCCACACAACGAUACCAUUUGCAUGCAUCGCGAGUCAUCGCUCAAUAGCUCCGCUUCGAAGCGUUACUAUUCAUCAACUCGACGUUCCACCUGCCAACGCCACAGCACCAUAAGGAGCCGUUUACAAGAGACCACUAUCACAAUGGUGACGAAUGGCAAUCAGAAUGGCGGACCGCUCACCGACAUGUCCGACGUUGCUUUGGCCAGCGAAUUUUGCGAUCAUUCAUAUCACUACCAACAACAACAUCAGGCGCAACCACCGCGUCAGCAACAAUAUCGUCAGCUGGCACUCAUGUGAUGAAGCCAAAUAAAGGGGCGCUGCCAUCAGGCCAAGGCAGAUACAAUUGAAACAACACCCGAAGCAACAACAACAACAACGGUUUGCUGCCCGAAUUUAAAUGAUGCAGUUGCUACAACUACAACGGCUUCAUUGCUGGCAAGUUUAGGAACACCCGCAGGAUGUAUCGACUUGCGCAACUUAACUGUUUUGAAUGGACAACGCCCUGCAAGUACCGCCGAUGAGCCAGCGUUACAAGAGCAACAACAAAAUCAGCAGCAAAAAAACAUAAAGCAGCAGCGACGCAUACAUUUCCACCUCGUUGGGUGCACGCAAAUUUAAAAGCCCGGCCACAAAUUAGAUGUUUCCGUUAAAGCGUGCUGAGGAAUUUAAGUACAGGAAAAUACAGGACAAAGGAUUUGAACCUACAUUUAAUGUAAGUUGUAUAUGUAUAUAAAACUAAAUGUAAACGUGAGUUUACUCGUACUUUCUUUGAAAACAACGAUUAUAUACAAUUUUAACAAAAUUAUAUUCUUAAAGAAUUUAAACAUAAUAAAUUAAGCGAAACAUAUCGCAUUAUAUGUACAUAUACGUAUGUAUAGGUAACAAAGUAUUUAUAUCAGGGUUGUACACUUACACAAAUUUUCACAUUUUUUAUACUUACAU